AUGUUAGAAAACCAACCACCAUCUGUAGUUUUGGAAGUUGACGUUAGGGAAAUCAUAGCUAGGUACAAUCAAAGAAUGAAAAAAGGAAAUAUUGGCAAGGAGCGUAGUGCCCUUAAAAAACGAGAUCGCCCCGCAGGGAAAGUCUCACUGGAUCCGAGUAAACCCGAAACUAUACCAAUUGGAAUGGAUAGGGAACAUCUUCAAGAAGACUUGGAGAAAGUUCCUGUAAAAACCUAUGAGACCUCUAUGGCACGAUUGCAGAACCAAGAUAAUACUAAAGAUGGUACAUCGAUCACGAAAAUGUUACAAGUCGAAGAGCCAAAUUCACCGGUUGCCCAAUCGAGUCCAGCACCUCUGCCGGAAAAUCCACCGAAUUUACCAGCAGCAUCCCCAGAAACUCAACCAAGUCCAAUACCAUUGCCAGAAAUUCAAGCGAAGCCUGCUCCGGAGCCGGAAAAGAAAUUAGAUGCCAUUAUAGCACCACCGGCGAAAAGCCCGGCUGCAGAACCGCCGGGUAAGUAGGG